CAUCGAAAAAAAAGAAAGUGAACUUAAGUUAACAGGAAUUUAUUUUUUUUUAAUUCUUUGCCGCGAAAACUAAAACGUUUUACGUAUAAAUGAACUCAAGCUUUGCGACUUAUUUUCCUUGCCUUACCUAGCCACAGCGCCACAGGCCAAUGAUGCGCCAGAUGCAUGCGUCAUCCGCCAGACACUCUCCUGAAGCCAGCGAGGACGGCUGCGCGCGCGUUUGAGCGCUCGCCCGCGGCGACCCAUCUGUCCCCCCCCCCCCCCCCCCCCUUUUUUUUUUAAUGUAUCCUUGUUUCUUUGGCUCCCGGCGUAUUCUUGCGUUCCUUUUGCACUGGGACAAGACACCAUUGGACUAUUGAACUACGGCAAGAUGUCCACCUGUAGCGGCUCGUACGGCAGCUACUGUUGUGUACCGUGGUGCCAAAACAACGGAAGAACGCGAAAGAAGCUCGGAACCUGUUUUUUUCGCAUCCCACAAGACGGCCGGUCGACGGCAUGGAUGACAUACUCCCAAAGGGUCGACCUUAUGGAAAAGCCAGCCAGCGUAUUGUACAAGUCAUACAGGAUGUGCAGCGAGCAUUUUACUGCACAAGAUUUCAUGGACCCAGGGCACACGCGGCUCACUAAAACAGCCGUACCUACAGUUUACUCAGGUGCUGUUAAUGUGCCAUCUGUCGGAGCUUUCGUUGCAUCAUUUCAAAACCCUGUCCCAGAAGACCAUCUGGACGAGGCUGUAAGCAUCACCUCCAUAUAUCAAGACCCUGGUGUUCAAGGCUACGGCUAUCCUGCAAAUGAGGAACAAGCUGGCGAGGACGUCUUACAGGAGGCGUGCAAGAAAGGCUCCCUCAUGACAACAAGCGGUGUUGCUGAAGGAAACCUACAAAUGAUGUCUGGCUGCAAUACCCCCGUGAGCGAGCUAGAUGCAACAGACUCCCAAGUGGACAUGUCCGGCAGCAGUUCCACCGGGGCGGAGCAUUGUGCUGUUCAUGGUGAUGUGUCCAAGGUGUCCCCAAGUGCCAGCAGCUUUAUCGAUUCAGCUGCAAGCUCAGUAGGAGGCUUUCCUGUUGCUUGUAGCAGUACAGCAAGGGGCUCUCCGUCAAAAAAAUUUAGGACGACCAUCCAGAGACUACAGUCCAAGGUAGCAAGCUGCCGGCGGACCAUCACACGGUUGCAGAAGAAGCAGAGCAAGCUACCGCCGUCCAUUUCAAAGGCACUAAACAUUAUCCGUCCAUGUGUGACAGAGGAGGUCUUUAAACUUCUCUGUACACACGUUCGCUUGCACCAGAGGGGCAAAGGCAAGCGCUUCCCUGUCUGGCUCAAGAAGUUUGCCUUGCAUUUGAACUUUCGUGGACCACGAGCGUACCGUUUUUUGGCACCAAUUUUCUGUCUGCCUACACAGCGGUCUCUGAGACGGUGGUUAAGUAACGUUCGAAUGUCAGCAGGCGUGAUUCCCGGAGUUAUCGAGAGUAUUUCAGCUAGCACUCACGCAUGGAAUGUGCGCGAUCGAGUGUGCACCCUCAUGUUUGAUGAAAUAGCUUUAAAAAAGAACUUGUCUUAUGAUGCAGGUCAGGAUAUUGUCCAUGGAUUUGUAGAUGAUGGCAUUGAGCGGUCAUCUAAUAUGGCCGACAGAGCCAUGGUUGUGCUUCUGGCUGGUAUUUCAAAGAGAUGGGUACAGCCAGUCGCGUUUACAAUAGGACACAUAUGGACAUCAGCAAGCAUUAUGGAUAAAUUACUCUUCUCGAUCAUUGAGCAACUUAAAGCUGUCAGAAUUACUGUCAAAGCUGUAAUUUGUGACCAAGGUACUUCGAACGUUAGCCUUGCUCAGCAAUUGGGCAUCACUAUUGAGAAACCGUUUUUUGAAGUUCUGGGCGAGCGAGUCUAUUUUAUUUUUGAUGUUCCUCAUCUCAUCAAAACCACGCGGAACAAUAUCCAAGCACAUGAGUUGCUCAUUGGUAAUGAGGUUGUGAAUUGGUCGCAUGUUGAGCACCUCUACAAAUCCACUCAUGAAUUAAGAUUACGACUGGCUCCCAAGCUAACGGAACGCCACAUCUACCAGAAGCCAUUUUCUAACAUGAAAGUCAGCAGAGCAGUACAAGUACUCAGUUCUUCAGUAAGCAUUGCAAUUAUGACAUUGGUUUAUGUAAAUGAGCUUCCUUCUUCAGCUAUAGCUACAGCGAAUUUUUGUGAGCGUAUGGAUAAGCUCUUCGACGCACUCAAUAGCUCCAGCCCCAAAAAAUAUUCUCAGAAGCUCAGGUAUGCAAUUAAAAAGGGUCAAAAUGAACUAGUGAAAUUUCUUCGAGAACAGCUUCUGUGGAUUGCAUCUUGGAAAUUUUCUGCUAAACGUCAGCCCCACACAAUCAUUGGCUGGCAGAUUACAAUUCAAGCAGUCGUCCAACUUUGGGAAGAUCUCUCUGAAAAUUACAACUUUAUUUAUUUACUGACACGUCGGCUCCAGCAGGAUCCGCUGGAAAACAUGUUUGGCCACAUUAGACAAAAGCAAGGAUGCAAUACAAACCCUAAUGUUGCGCAAUUCAUUUCUGGUUUAAAGCAUAUUGUUAUUCAGAAAGCCUUCAAACUCUCCGAACAGGCAAAUGUAGAAGACGAUAAAUCUGAACUCCUUCGCGAAGUUUUGCCUUUUUCUCUCAAUAGAGCAUCUCUGGUUGAUGCAGUCGAAUGGAUUAGGUCUGAUGACUUUCCGUCCCUUGAAGACAUUGCAGAACUCGCAGCAGACAUAAAGUCCCACAUAAUCGAUCAAUCGGCUGCUUAUUACGUGGCAGGCUUCUUGGUCAAAGUAUUUCUUACUAAGUCUGUGGAAGGGUGCACUUGCCAACACCUGUUGCAAGGCGAUGUAAACUGUGUGAGUGGUGAACACCAAUAUUUUACAAUGCUGAAGGCUUAUCACGUACCGAACAAAGUGUUUGGGAAUCUGACUGUGCCAUCACAAAGGGUAUUUGCUUUUGUUCAAGAACUCGAAAACAACUUCCUUGUCGUGGUUGAAGCUACAGCACAUCUCUCAAGUGUCUGCAAUGUUUUGUAUCGCUAUCUGUCUGGUGUUGGGGAAAUGGAAUUUUGUUCUGUUGAAUGUCGGCAGAGGUUUGUGAAAAUGUAUUGCCGGAUACGUUUGUGUUGGCAUGUCAGGUUUGUGAACCGUAAUUUAGAUAAAGUUAGAUUUCACUCAUCUGUUUCUGGCGUGCAGCUUGAAAAGGUUAAAGGUUAAUUUCGGACUUCCUUUGCAACAACGAACAUAUAAUUGCCAUUUCAGCUGUGCUACUGAUCCCUUCAAUAUGAAUAGAUCCCUUCAAAAUGAAUAGCAAUUCGCCAGGGUCCAACUAUUCGCAUUGCAACUGUG